CACACACACACCCUCGCCCGGCGCUGAGCACUGCAGCGUCGGUCUGCGGGCAAACGCCGAGGUAUGGAUGUCCAAGAGAGGUUGGCAUUGGAUAUUUCCACCCGAAAUCCUCAGGACGACUUUGAGCUGCUGCAGAGAGUUGGCGGAGGGACCUACGGGGAAGUUUAUAAGGCGAAGAACAAAGGCAACGGCGAUCUGGCUGCCAUAAAGAUUGUGAAGAUGGAGUCAGAUGACGACUGCGCUGCGAUCCAGCAGGAGAUCCUCAUCGUGAAGACCUGCAAGCACCAUAAUAUCGUGGCCUAUUACGGGAGCUACAUACGGUUGAACAAGUUGUGGAUCUGCAUGGAGUUCUGCGGGGCCGGAUCUCUGCAGGACAUUUACCACGUCACUGGCCCCCUGUCAGAGCAGCAAAUCGCCUACGUCUGCAGAGAAACGUUGCAGGGUCUGUCUUAUCUUCACAGCCAAGGCAAGAUCCACAGAGACAUCAAGGGAGCCAACAUCCUCAUCAACGACAAUGGAGAAGUGAAACUCGCGGAUUUUGGGAUCUCAGCCCAGAUCAGCGCCACCUUUGCCCGCAGGAUGUCCUUCAUCGGCACCCCCUACUGGAUGGCACCCGAGGUGGCGGCGGUGGAGCUCAAAGGCGGCUACAACGAGCUAUGCGACAUCUGGUCCGUGGGCAUCACAGCGGUGGAGCUGGCCGAGCUGCAGCCCCCCAUGUUCGACGUCCACCCCCUGCGGGUGCUGUUCCUGAUGUCCAAGAGCGGCUACCAGCCGCCGAAGCUAAAAGACAAGGCAAAGUGGACUCCGGCCUUCCACAACUUCGUGAAGGUGACGCUGACCAAGAACCCCAAGAAGCGGCCGAGUGCUGCCAAGAUGUUGAGCCACCAGUUUGUGGCCCAGCCCGGCCUGAGCCGGAGCCUGACGCUGGAGCUGCUGGAGAAGCUGCGGAACCCGGACAAGCUGCCGCGCUGCUGCGAGCCGGAGGAGGAAGAGGCCGAGCUGCCACCCCCGGUGCCCCAGCGGAUCCACUCCACGCACCGGCACGCGCCGGCCGAGCGCAGCAACUCCGACAUCAACCUGCAGCCCAUCAAGAUCAGGACCCGCUGGAAGGAGCCGACACCUCCGUGCCACGUGGAGAUCUGCCUAGACCUCAGCUACGGCACCAGCGGCAGCGCCCCCAGCUCCAUGGGCAGUGCCAGGGUCAACGCGUCGGACUCAGACAACGACUAUGACGACGUGGACAUCCCCAGCAGCUGUGACCCGGCCAGGCCCACGCUGCCAGCCGACGCUGACGUGCCGCCCCCACUGCCCCCCAAGCCCAAGUUCCGGAGCCGGUCUGACGAGACACCCGCCGAGGAGACGCGGCCCCAGCCCGGGGGGCAGCUCCUGCAGCGCCCCGGCACCCCGGUCUCCCUGGUGCGGUGCUCCAGCGGGCCUGUGGGGAGCCGGACCCCACACCCCACCCAGCACGCCGACCCCCGCCGCUCCCACCUCUCGGCCAGCUCAGAUCCCACCCUGUGGCCCGGACCCCGGAGCGAGGAGCCCCCCGUCCUGCCCCCCAAGACAGAGAAGAAACGGAGACAGGACGGAUCCCUCUUCAAGAAGGUCUUUAACGGCUGCCCCCUGCACAUCGCGGCCACGGCCACCUGGACGCACCCCACCACCCAAGACCCACACCUGAUCCUGGGGGCCGAGGAGGGGAUCUUCACCCUGAACCGCAGCGAGCCGGAGGCCACGCUGGAGCUGCUCUACCACAGCCGGACCUCGUGGGUCUAUUCCAUCGGCAACGUGCUCAUGUCCAUCUCGGGGAAGACCCCCCAGCUAUACUCCCACAGCCUGACCAGCCUGUACGAGCAGAGCAAGAGGGAGCAGCGCCCCGGCGUCCACAUCGCCCCCCACCGUCUGCUGCCCAGGAAAAACGCCACCUCCACGAAGAUCCCUGACACCAAGGGCUGCCGGGCCUGCUGUGUGGCCCGGCAUGCGCGGAGCGGCUGCCACUACCUGUGCGGGGCGCUGGAGGCCAGCGUAGUCCUGCUCCAGUGGUACGAGCCCAUGCAGAAGUUCAUGCUGGUGAAGCACUUCGACUUCCCGCUGCCCACCCCCCUACCCGUCUUCGAGAUGCUGGUGGCGCCCGGCGACGAGUACCCGGCCGUGUGCAUCGGGGUGAGCCCGGGCCCCUCGCCCGCCCAGCCCAUCCAUUUCCACACCAUCAACCUCAACUCCCUCACCUCCUGGUUCACCCACACCGGCGCCGACGUGUCCUGCCCCGGCCCGGUCCAGGUGAGCCAGAUGGACAGCGAUACGGUGCUGGUGCUGCUGGACAGGAGCGUGAAGAUCGUCACCCUGCAGGGCACCCUGGUGCGGAAGCUGCUGGCCCCCGACAUCACCUUCGACGUCGCCGUGGAGACCAUAGCGCUGGGGCAGAACUGCAUGCAGGCUUUCUGGCGCCACGGCGUGCAGGUUUGGGACUUCGCAUCCGCACAGCUGAUCAAGGAGCUGCGGGACCAACACUGCACCUUCCGCCUGCUGGGCACCCACAGCACCGUCGUCUUGGAAACGCGCCCCAUGGACGACACCCACAGCAACCUCUACGUCCAGGAGUGACAGCACCACCCGUGGGGGGGUCGGACUCACCCCCCGAGAAGCUGCUCUUCCCCAGAGAGUGCCCCCCCCCCGGGGCCAAGGACCC